UCACGUGACUUAGAGAGCCAAUCACAUAAUCGAACAUCUUUUUAACAAGGAAGAGGGCAAGCGACGCAAUUUAAAUGACUUUAGAUAUUUGCUAGUUUUUUGUGGGUGGCGGCAGAGUUUGUCAUCUUGUGCUGGAGGAAAGAUGAACGGUAUUAUUCUGCUCACACUUUUGACCAUUUGGUCAAAUGUAGAUUGUACGCCGUGUUCAUAUUCUCCAUCGCAGUGGUGUAUCUCUGUGGACUCAGCCAUCGAAUGUGGGGUUCUGAAGCAGUGCCUGGAAGCCAAUGCCACCAAGCCCAACACACAGGUGCAGCCCGUGCAGGUGGAGUUGUAUUUUGAAAGUCUGUGCCCAGGAUGCCGGUUGUUCCUUACCUCACAGCUCUUUCCCACAUGGACUAUGUUGCAGGACAUCAUGAGUGUCACACUGGUGCCCUACGGAAAUGCACACGAGUCUUUUGAUGGGAAGCAGUAUCAGUUCACCUGCCAGCACGGUGAGGAGGAGUGUCUCGGCAACAUGAUCGAGACCUGCAUAUUGAAUGCUACAGGAAGCAAAGCAUUCCAGAUUGUCUACUGCAUGGAGGCCUCCACUGAUGUUAUUAAAGCAGGGGAGAAGUGUGUGGCACUCUAUGACCCGAACACCAAGUGGGACAGCAUCAUGACCUGUGUGAAGGGAGACCAGGGGAAUCAGCUGAUGCAUCAGAACGCAGUGAAGACUGGUGCCUUAAAGCCAGCCCACGACUAUGUGCCUUGGAUUGUCAUAAAUGGGGAACACACCGAUGACCUUCAGAAGAAAGCAACGUCUUCACUCUUCACUCUGAUCUGUAGCAUGUGGAAGGGGCCCAAGCCUGAAGCCUGCGGUGCAGCUCCAAUGAAACGACACAGAAGUUACUGCUAUGACGAGUAAAUAAUCGACAUCUUACCAAUACCGCCGUAUGCCUUUGUGUUCAACUUCAAUUGCCAAAUAGGGAUGGUAAAUCUGAACUUUUUUGACACACUAUCAAUAAUGUUUUAAACUGGUCUGACUGUCGGUAUCACAUAGUUCUUCCGAUAUUCAAGAAAAGGGACGUCGUGUAUUGUGUCACAUUGCUCCGUGAAUGAGCCUUCUGUGGAAUGAGCUGUGUGAAAUAAACUCUCUGUCAUCUAUUUUUAAUGAAGGGACGAAAUUAAAGCUAACUAUUUUAAAAUGA